AUGAAACUCACACUCAUUUCGUCUGCCCUGCUUGUUGUCGGGGCAAGUGCUAAGUUGCACACGCCCAGCACCCAUGUCGAUUAUGUUCGCCGCGCUCUUCCCUCUGAUGCUGCUGGUUAUGCUAAGCUAGACAAUCCAACCAAGGAGUGCAAAUAUUAUACGCCACCUGAAAUGGAACAGAUGUUGAAGGACCGUCUUCCAAAGGCUGGAAAAGUUGCGGACAUCUUGCCGAAUGAUGACGAAGCAAAGAAGGUCUGGAAAGAGAUUCAGGAUACGGGCAUUAUCCCUGAAGAGGUCAAGACAAAACCCGAUGCGUCAAAUGGUAAGCAUGCGGAAGUGGAUAUUAAAUCUGCGAACUACGAUGCGGACAAGGAUCCAGAUUGUUGGUGGUCUGCCAGCCAAUGCACCAAGCCGAAGCACAACAAGAUUCCCGAGGAUAUCGCCGUAUGUCCAGAGGGAAGCACAUAUGGAUUGACCUUUGAUGAUGGACCCAACUGCUCGCACAAUGCGUUCUACGACUUUUUGAAGCAAAAAAAAUUGAAGGCAUCGUUGUUCUAUAUCGGUACCAACGUAGCUACCUGGCCUUACCAGGCUCAGCGUGGUCUUGCCGAUGGACAUGACAUUUGCGUUCACACAUGGUCUCACCCUGCAAUGACGACCUUAUCUGACUCGCAAGUAUUUGCCGAACUCUUCUACACAGUCCGGGUCAUCAAGGCCGUUCUUGGUAUUACGACCACAUGCUGGCGUCCUCCAUUUGGUGAUACUGAUGAUCGUGUGCGUGCUAUUGCAGCCGGUCUGGGAUUGCGCACAAUUCAUUGGAGGGAAGACACUGAUGACUGGCAGAUGGCUUCAACUGGAUCGCCCAAGCAGGUUCGCCAGAAUUACGAUAAAAUCGUCGACAAAGCUAGUAAUGAAAGCCCUAUUGUACUGGCUCACGAACUCCACAACGAUACGAUGAGCAUAUUUAUCGAGAAAGAAUCAAAAAUUGCAGAUGCUUACAAGCAUGUGGCUCCUGUCAGCGCUUGUAUGAAUGUCACGAAUCCUUACAUGGAAAACCAAAUUGUGUAUCCAAACUUUGAAGAAUACACUGGCGGCAACGCGAAUUAUAAAGGCUUGCCUGACAUGAGCAAUAUGAAAAUCAAUCCUAACGUUGACUUUAGUGCUCUGUCGCUGGCUAAAAUGGACACUGGCUUUGCACCAGGUGGUGAGAACAAGAAGCAAACCGACACUGGUUCAGCAACUUUCUCUUCUGACUCAUCGGAUGAUGGGAGCAAGAAUGCCAAAGGCUCUAAAGACGGUGGCAGUGGUGGUAAAGACAACAGCCAUAAGGAGAACGGCGCCAUCCAGUUUUCCUCUUUGUCUUUAUGGGCCGCACUUCUUAGCUCUAUUACGAUUACCUUCGUUACAUUCCAGGUUUAA